UUUGUAAAGACUGAGGGAAAAAAAAAAGAGGACCCAAAAUCUUGGAAACCCUAAUCUGUUCAAUUGUCGGUCAAAACUUGCAAAACCAUAAAGGACAAAUCUUUCUUUUUUUUCUCUCUGAUAACCCCAAACAGAAAGCUCAACACAUGUAAGUCAGUGUGUAUGGCUAUAACCCUUACCACCCAACACCAAAAUCUAUCCCUAAACAUUAACCAUCAAAAUCUCCCUUUUUUUCACAUCACCAAUUCACUCCGUAAAACCCUGAACAAUUCUCCACCACCAUGGCCACCGACGCCGCCGCCACCAAAUUCCAAAACCCCGCUGAUUUCCGGCCCGAUUUCCACCCGGAGAAAAUAUCCUCCACAACCACCUACGAUGGCCUCCAUUUUUGGCAAUACAUGAUUUCCGGUUCAAUAGCCGGUCUUGUAGAACACAUGGCUAUGUUCCCUGUUGACACGGUCAAGACCCAUAUGCAAGCAAUCGGGUCUUGCCCGAUUAAAUCCGUAAGCGUAACUCAUGUCCUCAAUUCCCUUCUUAAAUCCGAGGGCCCUGCUGCCCUUUACCGUGGCAUUGCCGCGAUGGCUCUCGGCGCUGGUCCCGCCCAUGCUGUCCAUUUUUCAUUUUAUGAAGUCUGUAAGAAACAUCUGUCGCGAGAUAACCCAAAUAGUUCCAUUGCGCAUGCGGUUUCUGGUGUUUGUGCAACGGUUGCUAGCGAUGCGGUUUUCACACCGAUGGACAUGGUAAAGCAGAGAUUGCAAUUGGGGAGUGAUAGUGUCUAUAAGGGUGUUUGGGAUUGUGUUAAGAGGGUGGUGAGAGAAGAGGGGUUUGGUGCAUUUUAUGCUUCGUAUAGGACUACUGUUUUGAUGAAUGCACCAUUUACUGCGGUUUAUUUUACGAUUUAUGAAGCUGCGAAGAAGGGUUUGAUGGAGAUUUCGCCGGAUAGUGUGAAUGAUGAGAGGUGGGUUGUUCAUGCUACUGCGGGUGCUGCUGCUGGAGCUUUGGCCGCUGCAGUUACCACACCACUUGAUGUUGUUAAAACUCAAUUGCAGUGUCAGGGUGUUUGUGGGUGUGACAGAUUUAAAAGUGGUUCGAUUAGAGAUGUGAUUAAAGCAAUACUUGAAAAGGAUGGCUACAGAGGCCUCAUGAGAGGUUGGAUCCCAAGGAUGCUUUUCCAUUCACCUGCUGCAGCAAUCUCUUGGUCUACCUACGAAGCCUCCAAAUCUUUCUUCCAUAAACUCAAUAGUAACAGUAACAGUGACAAUGUCACUUGAAUAACCAAGGACCAAUAGGCAUUCAUUAUUCUGCAGUUGCAUCAGCAUGUACAAGUAAUGGGAUGCAUCACACGAAGGAUCACAGACAUGCACUUGUACCAUUUCUCAGGCCUUGUUGCUAGCUGUCUAUUUAACCGGUAUUACGAGUCCAAUGGAAUGUUCAGAUAGAAUGUGCUGGUGUGCAUGUAGCUGCUCCUUUAAUAAUCCUACUGCCCCUGCAAUUUUUUUCCCUUGUAAUCUUCGUUUUCAUGACCGUACAAGAUUCUUUUAUUGCAACAAAAUUUUUGACCUGUAAUCUGGAUAUUCAAGAGUUAGUUGUCCUUGUUAUAGCUUGCAGCUAUUGAGUUGGUGGAAUUCUGCUA